UGUUUCGUAUCAAUCACCCACCAGGGAAAAAAAUAAAAACCCCUCAAAUCGCAGUUUCUAGAAAAUACCACACACUUUCUCCUCUUCCUCUUCUUUCUCCAUACUCCCGAGAUAUUUUUGCUUGCAACAACACAUUCUCACGACACUUCUUCCUCACUGUCUCAGCCUUCUCUCACCGUAAAAACAGAGCAAAAGGAAGAAUAAAAAAUAGUAAUUAAGUGUGUUGAUUGAGUCUCAAGGUGAAAGGGUCGUCACCGUCACCGUCACCGUCACCGUGUUGUGUUGUGUUGUCCUUCCUUAAAAGCCUUUUGAGUUUCCUUCAACGCUUUCUUUAUUUAACAGCGAGUUAAAUCCGCCAUUGUUUAUGUAACGUUUUCAGCAGUCUUCAGCGGAAGGUGUAAAGUCACUCUAUCCACUUCAUAAUUCACAAUCCACUGCUGCCAGAUUCACACUUCCUAAAUUCCUCUCUCUUUCUUUUCUUUUCUCUCCUUUUUUUUUAAAUUUUUAUUUCUGAAAACAGAGGGAGGUUGAAGUUUUAAGGAAAACACCGAGACAGUGAGAUUGAGUUUUUUGCGGCAAAAAUUUGGUGUUAACAGCGCCAAAAUUACAAACCUUUUCACUCUUUUUUUUUUCCCUCUCUUUUAUUUUAUUUUAUUUUAUUUUCAGGUUGAUUCUCAUUUCAACACUCUUUCUCUCUUUUUCUUUUUUCCUUUUAUUUGAGUUCUCUCUGUUUUUCGCGUAGCUGACACAAAAAACAAACUGAAUCAAACAAAAAGAAAAAUAAAAACUCUGUAUCUUCUGUCUAUGCUCUUUCUCUAACUCCAUAACCAACCAUAUCACGAUUCUUGAAAAGAAGAAAGAGUCAAUGCAAUCUGAGAAGUCUAACCUUGACUUUUUCCUCCGGUGUACCACACCAGUUGUACAAUCUCAGCUUCUUCCAAACACGGAGAUAAGGAAGUUGAACAGGUUAUGGCAUCCAUGGGAGAGAGAAGCAGUGGAGUAUUUCACUUUGGCUGAUCUAUGGAAUUCUUUUGAUGAAUGGAGUGCUUAUGGUGCUGGAGUUCCCAUAACGCUUCCCAAUGGAGAAACACUUGUUCAGUACUAUGUCCCUUACCUCUCUGCAAUUCAGAUUUUCACCAGCAACACUUUCAGGGAAGAAGCUGAAUCCGGUGACUGCGAGACAAGAGACUCAUACAGCGAUUCGUACAGCGAGGAGAGCGAGAGUGAUAAGCUAUGGAGGUGGGAUGGAACCUCAUCAGAAGAGGGAGGAUUUGAACAUGAUAAUAGCCUCUCGAAUUUGAAUGAUAGGUUGGGUCACCUCUAUGUUCAAUAUUUUGAAAGAUCAGCACCAUAUGGAAGAGUUCCUCUCAUGGAUAAGAUUACUGGGUUAGCAGAAAGAUACCCAGGGUUGAUGUCACUAAGAAGUGUGGAUCUUUCACCAGCAAGUUGGAUGGCAGUUGCAUGGUACCCUAUAUAUCAUAUCCCCAUGGGGAGGACAAUUAAAGAUCUUUCUACAUGCUUCCUCACUUACCACACACUUUCUUCAUCAUUUCAAGAUAUGGACCUUGAUGAUGAUCCAGAGGGAGCCCACUCAAAGAGAAAGCAAGGGGAAGGCAUAACACUGCCACCGUUUGGUUUAGCCACGUACAAGAUGCAAGGAAACUUGUGGGUCUCAGGGCAUUAUGGUAGGGACCAAGAAAAACUGGUUUCACUAUUCAGCGUGGCUGAUUCAUGGUUGAAGCAACUUAGGGUCCAGCAUCAUGACUUCAAUUACUUCACUGGCAUUAGGCAUUAGCCUUUCAUGCCUUGAACAAAAAAUGCAUGGGGGGAUUAGUUGACCUUGUUUUGGACCAUUAAUUGCGCCUUUAAUUUCCUUUUAAUUUGUAGUUUGUUAUAACUUAUAACCCCCCUUGGAGAGCCUUUGUCUUUGUUUUUUAAAGGGUUAGACCUUUUGUGAGAGAUUUGCAUAGAAAAAGUAACUAAUGAAGUUUGACUUUGUAGCAUGUUGUGCUAAGAGGUUUCUUUGUAUUGUACAUAAGAGAGUUUGUUGAGGAGGGUCAUGUAGAGAGUGAGACUUGUGUAGAUUGUGUAAUCAAGUUGAUGUUGACCCUGAUGGUUAAUGCAAGUAAUGUAGUGGAUUAUUGUGGAGAAUUUAAUGUGCAAGUGUUACCUUU